GUCAGUGUGGCAGCAGAGUCUUCAGGACAGGACUGAGCUGGUCAGAGAAACGCUGAAGAGCCACCAAGAGGGAGAGGAAGAAAAAGUGGGCGAUGUUGCAGCUAAGACCUUGUUUAUGGACUGUGUGGAAAGGCUGCUGUUGAUACAGUCCACAGGGCUUGUCGCUAUUUCUCAAGCUGAAAGGUUGAGGUAGCCUCAUCGCCGCAGUAUUUUUAGAUCACUUCUGAAAGGAAUACAAAAAUGUCGUCUCCAAGUCCGGGCAAGAGGCGAAUGGAUACCGACGUGGUGAAACUCAUUGAGAGCAAACAUGAGGUCACCAUCCUCAGCGGUCUCAAUGAGUUUGUGGUCAAGUUUCAUGGUCCACCAGGAACGCCGUAUGAAGGAGGAGUGUGGAAGGUCAGAGUAGACCUACCAGAUAAAUACCCCUUUAAAUCACCAUCAAUAGGAUUCAUGAAUAAAAUCUUUCAUCCCAACAUUGAUGAAGCGUCAGGAACUGUGUGUUUAGAUGUCAUUAACCAGACGUGGACGGCUCUCUACGACCUCACCAACAUCUUUGAGUCGUUUCUUCCUCAGCUGCUCGCCUACCCCAACCCCAUCGACCCUCUGAACGGAGACGCAGCGGCCAUGUACCUGCACCGACCGGAGGAUUACAAACACAAGAUCAAAGAGUACAUCCAAAGGUACGCCACAGAGGAGGCUCUAAAGGAACAGGAGGAGGGAGGAGGCGACUCUUCUUCAGAGAGCUCCAUGUCAGACUUUUCGGAGGAUGAGGCUCAGGACAUGGAGUUGUAGUGAAGGGGGACACCCUGACCCCUUUACUUCCCAACAGACUGUCAUGUCCCAAAGAGCAGGAGCUCAGCACUAUAUUCAUAUUUAAGACAAGUUUUUUACAGUGACAUGAGAAUUUUUAUCGCUAUACAAGGAUUUGCAGUAUGAUAUUGCAGAAUAUAAACCUUUACAUAGGAGUUUAUGACCACCUGCCCCUCGCCCUCCUCCUCACUCCUAAAGGAGCCUGUUUGGAUCAGAAAGGAGUGCAUCAUUCAUCCUCAUGGACUGCAGAGGUUAAAUCAUGGCUUUCACAGAAACAAUACUGUUUACACUGAGUUUCCUCAACCAGCGACAACACCCACAUCUCCCUCUCUUUUGUUGUGUUGAACAAACCCCUCAUCACAAGGCUGAAGGAGAACAGCAUGAUUACAAACACUGAUUCAAAAGAGCUAGGGUUUUCUUCAGUUUUUUUUUCUAACUCUCAUGUUUUUGACACUGAGGAGUUGCUGUUACAAUCAUCACUUCUGCUGAGGACCAGAAGGCCACAGUGUGAUCAUGUGAUCAUUGUGUACUGACUGGACUGGACUGCCCUCUGUGCAAACCUGAUGACUCAUCUACACACACGGUCGAACAACAAGUGCAUCCGCCAUGACAUCAGCCAAGUGUGUGUGUGGCUGUGUGAAUCAUAGACUGUUUAUAAAUAUGGACUAUGCAUCUCAGUUUCCUUCCAUGGUACAAAAAUGAAGCCAAAAUAUCUAGAGAUGCACAGACUGGGAAAAUUUGGGCAGAUACUAAUACAAUUUUUUAAAAUUUUGAUUUAGCCAAUGCAGUUUUUUCAUUACUUCUUUUCAUCUAAGACUCCCACAGUGCCAACAUUUUGUUCUGUUACCAUAUUAACAGAUGAGAGUUUGUCCAACAGGGGAAUUCUUACGCCUUAUAAAGAAUAGCACCUUUGUACCAGCAGCUAGGCUAACUAGAUGCUAGUGUUAAACUGAUUGAUUACAAAAAAUAAACAGAGAUAAUUGGUAUCUCUUCAUGCCACAUGGCAAAUGUUUGUCAGCUGAUACCAAUGUAAAAAACUUAAAAAACUUUAAAAGGCAGUGGCAUAUUGUGCUGCUGAUACAGGUUAGAGCCAAGUCUUGCAGAAGUGAUCAAGCGUAUUUCGAUUUAGAGUUUGAAUUAUGUCACAUCUGUUAAUAUAAAGGAGAUGGGGUUGGCUUCAGUCUAUAGCAGCUGCCGCUCUGUCCAUCUUAAUAUACAGUCUAUGGUGUGCAUGAAUGUAAUCCUGAGAGAAUCAUGCUGUUUUGAUGACCUGUGUUGUGCUUAAAAAAGACGGAUCAAUAUUCUCAUCGUUCCUCCCCACCUCUCUCCUCUCCGUUUUAGGAAAGUCUCUGUCAUUCUCUGAGUAUUUUGUAUAUUGUGGCAUGGCACUGAAGUAAAGUUGUGCAGGACUGUGUAGACACGCUGAGGAGGCCAGGUGUCGUCCUUCAGCGAUUAUUCAGAUUCUUGUUGAAUUAUUGAACUUUUGCUUGUGUUCAACUAUAAUAGGUGUCUGACUUGCCUAGGGAUAGUUAGAUUUAUUUUAUUUUGCAGGUGGUGAUUCUUGUCAUGACAUGGUUUAAUUUUUAUACAACAUAUAGUUAAAAGACUGUCCUGUAAAAAUGAGAAUGAAAACAUCUUUGUUGAAUCAAAUCCUCCAAAGACAUGUUGCGCCUCUUCACCCCCCUUCUUAUGCAAAUAUGUCCAUAAAAAUGAUUUAUGUAGUCAGACAGAAGUGCUCUUUGUUUCAGCCAUUCGAUGCUGGUAUAUUUACUGUUUCCUGCUGUCAAUGGCGUGUUGUUUUCCAAAAUGGUGGGACCAAUAUCUAACCGAUCUGCGAGCUCAGAAAUCCUCCUCAGUGUGAAUGUAAGGAUAAAGAUUUUACACUGAGGUAAAAAUAAUAAUAAUAAUAAUAAGAUGGACGGUUUCCUGUCAAGAGUCCAUCUGAUUGUUUCAAAUUAAAGUGUUUCAUCUUUUUGUCCUGUUUACUCCUUACAGGUGUGUGCCUGUUGGUUAGUAGUAACAGUUCACUGUUACAUUUCAUGAUAGUGUACUUCUCUGUAUGGAAACCUGACAACUGUUUUUAACAUGCAGUCAUUGCAUCAAAGGUCAGCUUGUGUUAUUUAAGGAAAAAAGUUUCACUUUACUUUAUCUCCAUCUGAUCGGGCUCUUUCUUCUUGUUAAAAUAAAAAAAUGCAAAUAAUAAUCCCUUUAUAUUUCUUCCAUUGUGUAUUAAAAGAGGGUUUACCUUUGUGUAAAAGAGUUGGUAAAAGUAGUGUCACAGUUUUGACAUGGCAUGAAAAUGUUUCAUUAUAUAGCCUAGUUAUAAUGGCUUAAAUUAGCCUCGGUAACCAAAUCUUUGUUGGUGUAGGUCUUAGGACUACAUGAUGUCACAGUUAACAUAGUCGUUAAAAUAACAAACCACUGUCCAGCCUUGUUAUUUGUCCUGCUCUGAAAUCAUCAUUGUAUAAUGUAUUUUUUAUUGAUGAGACAUAUAUUUGAUGCCUAUUGACUGUUUUUAAUUUGUCUUUUAAGCCCUGUGACCAGGAUACGAGUCAAGAUAACCCUGAUUUUUAAAAUGCAAAAAAUGAAUAAAUGUGCUUCCCUUGUAACUUGAAGAAAGAAAUAAAGAAGAAAAAUG